AUGGAAAAUUACGAUAGCUGUGACGACCUGGACAUUUGUGAUGAAGGGACAAUAGCACCCACCUACCCAAGCAUCCCUUUGAUGAUGAACAGGAGGAAAAAGAUAAACUUUCACUGAUACAAGUGCGAAAGAAGGUUCCAAGCUUACCCAAGCACUCGCUGUUGUCCAAGGUGCGAAGAUGAAUUUAUUGAAGAGAUAUCAGAUGACAGAAAUGAAGAGAGUAAAGAAGAAAGUAAAGGGUUCCCUGACCCCUUCGAAUUUAACAAUAGAAUUACUUUUAAUGGGAACGGAUUUAUCUCAACUAUUAUCAGAAAUGACUCUGGGCCUGACUCUCCAGAAGCUGACAGGUUUCGACUUAUUCGUUUCCCUUUGCAGAGCGAUAUGGAAUUUUUCCCAAAUAGAAGGAGAGAAAAUCGUUCUAUUUUUGCAAAUGGAUCUGGACUUGGCCCUCGAUCAAGGCCAAGUUUUAGACAAAUUGAUAACAUUUUCGAAAGAUUGCUGAGAAAUAUAAUGAUGGACUCCCCUAACAGGCAAAAACCUGCGACCAAGGAUGCCAUUGAUAAUUUAAAGACUAUUGACAUCAAUAAUAAUGAUGCCAUUAAUCAGUCUAUUGAGGAGAAGGAGGCUCCGAAUUGUUGAAUUUGUACUGAUGAUAUUGAGAGCAAAGCAAAUAUAUUACCUUGCAAACAUCUGUUCCAUCCAGACUGAAUCAAGAAGUGGCUGAAGAUACACCAUGCUUGUCCGAUCUGUAGGUCUAAUAUUGAUUAA